AUGGCAACACCCAAAUCCAAGCCGACCGGAAACCCCGGUGAUCUCAUCUCUGGUAUGGAGAACCUUGCUAUUGGUACUACCAGAGGAAUGCAAGAAACCCUCGAUGGUUGUCCUCCAAGACCAGGCUACGGUACCGCCGGGAAGGCCAUAGACGUUCACGCCAACAUGUACUUGACCAGAUUCAAGAAUGAAGGUGCCCUCGUUGAUCACUACGAUAUUGAAAUCAACCCUGUUGUCAAAGUCACUGGUCAAAAGAAACCUCGAGCUCUCCUUCAGCAAGUAUGGGAUCAAAUGGUAAAGGAAGCUAAAGGAGAACUCAAGAAAGCCCUUGAUGCUGCAGCAUAUGAUCAAGUUAAGAGCUUCUAUACCCCUUACCCGGUUCCCAUGCAAGGCGAUAGAUGCGAGGUCAUGAUCGCUCUCAAGGAAGAUGGAAAGGAUCCUAAAAGUGACUCUAGAAGAUUUAAGGCGGUCAUUCAGUUCGCUCAAAAAGUAGACUUGCAAACCAUCGUUGACUACGGUCAUGGCAACAAACAAACUGAACAAGCUCGAGCUACAAUGCUCGUUGCGAUCCAAGCUAUGAAUGUCCUUUUCAGGCAAGAUCCGGCGAAGAAGUACACCAUGUCUGGUGCUGCCGGACGAAGGUUCUUCUCGGAAGAGGGUGGUUAUCCCCUUUCCAACGGUGGUAUUCUCUACAGAGGAUUCCAACAAUCGUUCCGAUGGACCUCUUCUCAAUUCCCGGCACUUCAAAUUGAUACGGCUUACUCGGCUUUCAUUGAGCCUGGCAUGCUACCAGAGGUCUGCGCCAAACUUCUCGGUAUGGGAGGAGGAGGUGGUGGUGGCGGUCGUGGUGGUAGAGGUGGAAGGGGUUUUGACAGAGGUGGAAGAGGCGGUAGAGGGGGUCCUCCCCAACAAAGCGGACACGUUCCUUCAAUCCAAGAUCUGAAUCCCGGUCAAAUCAGGAAGUUGAACGAAUACCUCAGGAUGGCGAAGUUUAAGGUCACCCACAGGUCUACCGAUCGGGUUUUCACGAUGACCAAGAUUUCGUCUCAACCUGCUGAGGCACUCAAGUUUAAUCUUACCGGUAAAGAUGGUAAACCCGAUCGACAAGUCUCUGUUCCUCAAUACUAUAAAGAAGUAUACAAUCGUCAAGUGACUAAACCUCGAUUGCCUUGCGUACUUUAUGGUAAGAACAACUACAUUCCCUUGGAGUUCGUCAAGCUCGAACCUUUCAACAAGAUUCCGAUGGUUAGACUUACUGCUGACCAGACCGCCGAGAUAAGUACAUCAUCUUACCAUCUUGGAAGUACCUGGUCUGACGACUCUAAACAUUAUUCGACAUGCUGCCAAGCCUCCUCCCGAGCGAGAAGCAACAAUCAACUCUUGGCGAUUGAAGCUUGA